AUGGCGCCAAAGAAAAAGCAAAAAACGGCACAUGUGGCUGUUGCGGCUGUCGAUGCCUUACCCGAAGCCAUCUGCCAAGAAUAUUUGGUCAAAGUUCAUGAAGCAAUCAGCUGCAUCCAAACACAUGACAUGUGCAGCAACAUUGCUGGCCAGCCACCGCUGUCACCAAAGGAAGGAGGACGCGAAGCACUUUGGGACGGUAAUAUGGCUGCUUCGGCCUUGAAAACUGCACAAAGUUACCGGUGCGCUGCCAACUUCUUUUCUCAGGACUUCUUGUGGCUUGCGACCCAUAAGAUCCCUAUCAAUUUGGGCCAAGUGAAACAGAUUCAAAACUAUUGGUUUCCCAAGGAUGACGAGCCUCCCAAGCUGUGUCCCUUUGUUGUCACAGUUGCAGUGGAUUCCCAUAAGUGCUCUGGCGAUCCUCCGCAAUCGGGGUGGCCACGGCUGAGUCCGGCCGAGCCCGUGCAUGCGCUGCUGUUUGCGGCAGCUGAAGCAAUCAAGUCGAAACAGGGCGCCAAUGUGCUGCAAGCCUUUAAAUCUUGCUUCUUGACAUGCACUUUCGUCUAUGAAGUUGUGCCUGUGGGUGAAGCUCGAUACUUUAGGAGUCUAAAUAUUCGAGAGGAGCAGGUUGAAAAAGGUUUGGCGGUGCAAAUGAGCUUGAGACAGCGCAUCUACGACAUUGCUGGGUUUGCUGAAGCCAAAAAAACCACGGAUGGUAUUGGGUUGGUGGACGGCUGGCGCAUGGGUAACUUAGACCCAGGGGUUUUUGUGAUCGCCAAGCUGAAGGAUAGCAGGGCAAGCUAUGUGGAAGUUUUGAAAUUGAAAAGAAAAGUUCGUGACUACCUCCUCGGUGACUGGCUCAACUCGCUGCCCAUCAAUGACGAAUGGAAGAAGAAACUGUCAAACAGCUUCACCUCCUUCGAUGCAUGUCGCAAUUUUUUUGCGCCAUUUCCAGGAGAUCCGGUGGACACUGCAUGGAUGCUGGCUGCUCCGGUCGGCGUGCUUCGGAUCGCAGAAUUCUUUGACCAGAUCAUUUAUGGAAACGAGUUCGACGGCCGCUACAAAGAUGGAAUCAAAAUGAAACAUGACGUAGCUGAUUUGUUGGAAUAUCCGACGGUGAAGUCAGUCUUGCAAGAAUUGGAAGCAGCUGUGCGAUCAGAACUGAAACCGGAAAAGUCUGCAGAGCCUGUCACUGUGGAGGAGACGGCGCCAGCUGCUCCGGCUACUGCACCGGCUGCUGCGGCCUCUGAAGCUGCUUCGGCUUCUGACGCUGCUCCGGCUGAAUCUGCUCCAGCCAAGCCUUUCGACCGCCUUUCAACAGAGGAUCAAACAUUGUGGCGGCAACAGAUGCGCAAAGUUUUGCAGCAGCAUGUCCGAUUUGUUUGUGACCACAAAUCCAGCGCUGAACUUGAAGAAGCUCUCAAAGACACACCUUUCAUUUCCCUCCGGGGAGAUCAAACAGGUUUGUGCCUUUACCAUUUCGAUCUGAAGAAGUACGGCGAGCCGACAACUCGUCCAGACGUUCGUGUGCCGACAUUCCGUGAAGCAUUGUACGGCCGCCUGGUCAAAUCGAUCCUGGCAGCACGCAGCGCCGCGCAAGGAUUGCAAAACUCAAAUCUUCAGGCUGGAGAAGUUGCAUUGAUUUUAGAUGGUGGCAAACGCGGCCUGAAGAACAAGUUGCUGCAUCCAUGGCGAGAAGGAACUGCUUCCAAGAAUGCUGACGAUGACGCUGAAGAAGACGGUGCAGAAGCAGACAUGGAAGAAGACGAUGGCAAACCAACCUUUUUCGCCGACUUGUUGCAGAUCGCCUACUCUGAAAGUUCUUUGGCCGCCCGCAAGAAGAGGUUGCGAGGAAAUUUCAACUUGAAGCAGAUCGAAUGGUGCCAUGUCCUCAGCACAAAGAAACUUUCACUGCCAGUCAAAGAAAGACUUCAUUGCGCAGGGUCGACAAAUGGAGACUUGAUUUGCAACGUGCACCUACCAGGGUGGAACGAAGAAUGGCAAUUGCCGUGGAAAAUGAAAAAGGAUCUUUACGGCAAGAAGCACCUCAUUGCAGUGGGUUCAAAAACCGAAGGCGCCGAUGACCAAACUCCGUAUGCUGACCGAAGAAACAAUGGAAAGGAACCAGUCUGUUUUCACAGUCCGCCAGAAGAAUUUUACGCAGAGCUGAUUCAUGACUUUUACGUCAAGCUCAUUUUGGAUCUUACACCAUCAGACGGCAAAAUGGCUGUUUCGGCCAUAAAAAGUCGUGUGGGGUAUGUCGGUGUGUGCUACAAUCCUGAACACCAAAGUCUGCUGGAAGAACGCCUGCUGGAAGUCCUGGAGAUGGAAAUGAGAAACAGCGGAAGCUCUCUUUUCUCAGCUGCCUACUGCGAAGCUGUCGGUUGCAGGACUGCUUCGGCCUUGCCUGGUGAAGAAGAGUUGAAAAAGAAAAAUCCGAAGCCCGUGCCAAAAAAGAAGGCCAAAGCCAAGCCGAAAGCUAAGUCGACAAGAAAGCGGGGUAGCCGAGCCGCAGAGAAAGACAAAGAGCCGGCAGACGACGACGAUGACAAAAACAAUGACGACGACGAGAAUCAAGGCGGUGAGGAAGAGGACGAAGAAGAAGAUGUGUGGGGCCCCUUCAACGACGAGUAG